CGCCUCUAUCCCGCCCACUGCGGCCCGCCCAGGGCCUUCUCGCCCGCCCGCCCGGGGCCGGCUUUGCAGCAGUGGCUGUAGCUGUAGCCGCCGACGCCCGUGGGAGCGCCGGCGCUGAUGCCUCCUGCGGUGGCCCGGCAGGGAAGAUGGCGCCGUCCCACGUCCUCAAGUGUUGCCAGAAAGUGCUGGCCUGGGUACCCGUGGCCUUCAUCGCCCUGGUCGUGGCCUGGUCCUACUACGCCUACGUGGUGGAGCUGUGUGUGUUUACUAUUUCUUCAACUGCAGAAAAAGCUGUCUACCUUGUGAUUUUUCAUCUGUCAUUUUUCAUGUUUGUAUGGUCUUACUGGAAGACAAUUUUCACAUCUCCUGCAUCCCCCUCUAAAGAGUUCUGCUUGUCAAAAGCUGAUAAAGAACAAUAUGAAAAAGAAGAGAGACCAGAAUACCAGCAGGAGAUUUUGAGAAGAGCUGCUAAAGAUUUGCCUAUCUACACGACAACAGCAUCGAAAGCAAUCAGAUACUGUGAUCGAUGCCAGCUAAUCAAACCUGACCGCUGCCACCACUGUUCCGCAUGUGACAUAUGUGUACUAAAAAUGGACCACCACUGUCCAUGGGUGAAUAAUUGUGUGGGAUUUUCUAACUACAAAUUCUUCCUCCUGUUUUUAAUGUAUUCCUUACUGUACUGUCUGUUUGUUGCUGCUACAGUCUUGCAGUACUUCAUAAAGUUUUGGACAAAUGAAUUGCCAGUUACCCAUGCAAAAUUCCACGUCCUUUUCCUUUUCUUUGUGGCAGCCAUGUUCUUCAUCAGCAUACUGUCACUCUUCAGCUACCACUGCUGGCUAGUUGGCAAAAACAGAUCAACCAUAGAAACAUUCCGUGCACCUACAUUUCGAAAUGGCCCUGAUAAAAAUGGCUUUUCUCUUGGGUGCAGCAAAAAUCUGAGGGAAGUUUUUGGAGAUGAAAAGAAGUAUUGGCUAAUCCCUAUCUUUACCAGUUUGGGCGAUGGGUGUAAUUUCCCAACUCGUUUGGUGAUUAUGGAUCCAGAGCAACUUGCUGUCUCAAGCCAAAAUGAACCUGCCAAAAGCUCUGGACCAAAUCAGUCCUUUCCUACUCGACCACUCAGUGAAUCACAAAAUCGAUUGCUAACCAGUGACAGUCAGUGGGUGGAAAGUGGCCCUGAAGAGGAAAAUGUUAAAUCAGGUGCAAAAAAGCAUAUUAUAGUUUCAUUGGAAAGCUGAUCUGAGUUUAUUACUAACCAGCCAUCUCAGUGAGAAACAGGUUUCUGCAACGCAUCUUGUGCUUGAAUAUUACUUAAUUUUGUUUGGAAGAAGUUGAUCUGUAAAAUAUGGAACACAAACAUUUUGGGAAGAGACAAGAAAUUGAAGUUUCUGCACAGUACAGUGGAUUCUUGUAAGCACUAUUACAGAGCAGGGAAGUUAAGACAGAUGCCUUAAGAUUCUUAAUGUGCAUUUAUGCAACACUGAAUUAUAUACUGCUACCAAAGGGCCAAAUCCUGAAGUGCCCUGCUUGGAUGCACAAGGUCCAGAGUGGGGAACUAUGCAUUUCUGUUAUGUUGCAGUGGUGGGGGUUGAUUGCAGAGACGCCUACCCCACCCACAGGCAAACUUCUUACCUUAGGCACUGCAGAAGUCACGUCCAUAGCAGGUCUCUUCAGCAACAAAGAAA